UCAGUGAACAAAACAAAUCCCACAAGGAAAACCAAAGGAAUGAGUGGAGCUCUAGUUUCUGUACCCUUGGAGUCCUGUCGAGGAUGCCUGAAGCCGGGAAAGAGUCACUACCUCUUUGGAGAUGAUGAUCUAAUUGAAAAGUACAAAUACUGCACGCAAUUGCAGAUUGAGAAGGAUGAUGGGCUGUCAUCCUUCCUGUGCAAGCUCUGCCAUUCCCAUCUUCAAAUAGCCUACAACUUCAAAAGAAUGUGCAGGGAGACAAACAGCGUUCUGAGGAAGCUAGUUCGGACUCUAGGGAGAGACGGGCAGGAGGCUGAGGAACCAGACAGAGAAUCCGAAACAGAGGAAGAUCCCCUGGAAGUGACAGAAGGCGAUGAAUUAAAGAAUGAAGAGAAGGAAGAUGAACAAAUUGAAUACGCAGAGGAGAUUGAGGAGCUGGAAGAGGAGUCAAUUGAGGUACUGGAAGAUGAGGAAAUACCUCCAGAGAGCCAGAAAGAGUCUCAGGAGGAUUCUGAGGCGCAAGAAACGAGCCAUAAGAAGCAGAAAUACGAUGAUAAUCGACUGCAAUGUCCCAUGUGCCGGAAAAAGUAUUCCUGCCCUCAAUCGCUGAAGCUCCACAUGGAAAACACUCAUGGAGGUGUCAAGAGAUUUUACUGUGACAUCUGCAACACGCGCUUCACGCAAAAGCACUCUCUCCAGACCCACAUGAUGCGCCACACGAAUGAACGGCCUUUUCAGUGUUUGGUGUGCAAAAAGGGCUUCCGGCGGAAACACAUCCUCCAGAUGCACAUGAACUGCCACACGGGAGACACUCCCUAUCGGUGCAAAAAGUGUAAUCUGGGCUUCAGGACCACAACAGCUCUCCGGAACCAUGGGCACAAUUUGAAAUGUCCGAUCUGCAGCAAAACCUUCCACAUGAUCCCAUCCCUCCAGACUCACAUCCAGCGUCACAAGAGAGAUCCGGAUGGGCGAGCUGGACCACGCCUGAAGAUGAAGGUGCAGCACAUUUGCGACGAGUGCGGUAAAUCCUAUUCCUGCAAAUCUGUCCUUGAAGCGCACAAAGUCAUUCACACUGGAGAGAAACCCUUCAAAUGUCAGCACUGCGACAAGGCUUUCCCGCUCUCAGCCUCCCUCAAAGUUCACAACCGGAACAAGCAUCCAAAUCAGACGGAAAGUUCCCUCCUUGAUCUCAUCUGUGAGACAUGUGGAGAAACCUUCAGAGACUCCAACGCCUUCAGCAAACACUUAAAGAGCCACAAGGCAGAAGGAUAAAUUGGAAGAAUUAUUGUAAAUUUAAUUAUAAUUAAAAUGAAUAAGUUUUUAUUGAAAA